UGUUUUGUGCUGGAUUUCAGCUUAAGUUACUGUUUUCAGAAGCCAAGUGGAACCGAACACUAUAAAACAAUGCCAAGAGCAAAGGAAAGAAAACGAAAACCCAAAGGGGCUCCCCCAUCGGUGGUUCCGGUUCUUCAGAAGUUCCUGAAGACGUAUCAGAAGUACUGCGUACAGUCUCGGACAUCCCCGUGUCCCGCCAUCCAAAGGGACCUGAAGAGCAGCAUUGACAGAGAACAGAUCCUCAGGAGGUUCAUGCUGGUAAGAGCUGGUGACGCCUCCGUGAGCAGCCCGCCUGUGUCCUUGGAGCCUUUGCUCAUGGCCAUUCGAGAUGAGAGCUACAUGCUGGGGAAGGAGAUCUGUGUCUGGGGCCUCCAGCUGACCAACCCCGAGAUCGCCAGGCUCGCUUUGUUCCUGGAGUCGAAGGGGCACACCACUUGCCCAGUUACCACCCUGGAGAUCAUUAAUUGCAAGAUGGACCUGUGGUCCCUGGGACGACUUGGGAAAGCUCUGCAGUUCAGCAGUUUGCAGUUGCUGGUCCUCGAUUACUGCAAGUUUGGAAAUGAAGAACUCGAGAGUAUCUUCUCGGGCCUGGAGACCAACCAAAGGCUCCAAGGCCUCAGUCUGCGCUAUUGUGGCCUGGGGCCUCAGAGUGGCCGGAGGCUGGGCUCUGUCAUCAGCCAGAGUGCCAUCUGCGAGCUGCACCUGGAUGGAAAUUAUUUGCAGUGUUCUGGGACUCUGGCCCUCCUCAGACCCAUAGCAGAAUAUGCAGAGAUGCAGGGGAAGGACCAGCCCACCUCGGCAUCACCACACGCUGGAAAUCCCACUCUGCUUCCCCAAGUGUGCCGGGGAGGAAGCUCAACUCUGAGCCAGACUGCAAAAUCUUCUGAAGCUGUAGCGGUGCAAAGGACCUCACAGAGGAAAAGGGGGAAAAGAGGAACCAGGAAAAAGGCUCACCGAUUGAUGGAAGCCGGCCCUUGGGUAGCGACGCUGCAUUUGGCAGAUAACAGCAUUGAUGGGACAGGAAAAGACGGGGAGCAAUUGCCGGAACUCACGCGAACCUUAACCUGCCUGAUCAAAUACUCUACUCACUUAAGGGAAAUCGACCUUGGAAACAACGUCCUGGGAGAAACGGCUGCAGUCGCCAUCCUGGGAGCACUGAGAGCCAGGAAGGCAGGUAAACUACCACCCUUAAAAGUCACAGUCACUCCCCGGAUCUCUUCGGACAUCUUCACAUCUAUUUGGAAACAUAGCAAGAAAUCUAAUAAAGCCAGUAAAAAGAAGAAAAAGGUAAAUUCUUUACCGUCUGUAUGGCUGAGUAGCAGCCGCCAGGGGGCGCUGCAUGGAUGAGGCGUGCGCCUCAGUGGAGAUAGAUGG